AUGGACCCCAAUCAGCAAGGGCCUCCAGCUCCUCCCGAAGCUCCUGACAAGGAGAAGAUGGACCAAAUCCGUCAGAGACGCCUGGAGAAGUUGUCUGGCACAACAAUACCAACACCAAAGACCGAACAAAAAGGGGAAGGAUCAAGUGCCCCAUCAUCGACCUCUUCUGUACCAGCUCCAGCAGCCCCCGAAAAAGUUGAACCUGCGCCGAAACCGAAGCUCAACAUCACCAAAGCUCCGACCGCCACCACAACCCCCGAGAACCCAUUCAACAAGCUGACUGCGCGACCCUCAAAUAACACACCUUCGCCAAGCGUAAGAAAAUCCUCCGAAGCAACUUCAUUGAAACGUCCGCGCGCUGAAUCAGACGAGCAGAACCCCGGAGGUACGCAAGCCAGAAAGCUAGCCACACCCUCUAACAAUGAGGAUCUUGAUGAGUAUGCGAACAGGAUACUGGGGCAAAUCUUCAGGAUUACUUUGGAUCCCAUGCAGAAAGUGGAUGCUUCAAAUCACAGACUCAUCUACCUUCCGAACCUGAGACAAGAGUUAGAGGAGGAAAGUGCUCCUAUUCAGCUCUCGAAAGAGAGGCUUGACUCCGCUCUUAUGGAAGCUGCGUCGACAGUUUCUCACAACAAGUCCAUUCUAGAUUAUCUUCUGCCGGCCUGGAAGAGAAUAAUUAAGGCUCUCAAAGGCUUAAGGGGUUAUGCUAAUGGGAAGGAUGCGAUUCUGAAGGAGGCGAAGCGGCUAUGUAUGAGCUAUUGCAUAUUCUCAGUGGAGGUGCCGGAGCUUUUUGGACGUGAACCGAAUCCAAAUACGGACUCUUUGACUCCAUAUCUACUGAAUGAAGCUGUCGAGGACAGAGGAAUAUGCCCCGACUUCUUGACGGAGGCUAUUUCUCGAUUCGCCGAAGAUGAUACCGUCAAACCGAUGUUGACGAAGGCUGUUGCGGGUCUGAGUUUGCAGCUCUCGAACAUGACGAUGAAUGAUAACUACAAGCCAUACAUAAAUGCUCUGAAACAAAUAUCACAGUAUGCUCCUUUGGUCACAGCUAUUGCUGAUGAUCCUCUUUUCCAAAUGGCAACAUCAGCGCCAGGUAUCGAAAAGCAUACACUCCUAGGGCCAUUCUUUAGGAUCUCACCACUCCAGCCUGAAGUCUCGAAGGAGUACUUCGCGGGUCCUAAGACCAUGGACACCCGGCGAAUCCAGACAUCACAAGAAGCCCUACGUCUGACUCUGCAAACUCACCAGAGGGACCUGCUUGACAUAAUCAAUCUCUUCGUUCGUGCAGGCCCAACGUCUAAAAACAGGACCCUGGAUUGGUUUGCCUAUAUUGUAAAUACGAAUCACAAACGUCGAGCACUUCAACCGGACGCUAAAAAUUUGUCGUCGGAUGGAUUUCUCAUGAAUGUGACUGUCGUUCUAGACGGUCUAUGCGAACCCUUCAUGGACAGUACAUUCUCAAAGGUGUCGAAAAUUGAUGUCGACUAUCUGAGGAGGAAUCCUCGAGUUGAUAUCAGUGAGGAGACGAAGCUGAACGCCGACCAAAAUGCCUCUGAUGAAUACUAUAGCACGCCAGUCGAGGGCACUUCAAACUUCAUAUCUGAGAUCUUCUUCUUGACUCUCGCUGCCCAUCACUAUGGUAGUGAGGCCACCAACAGUAUGCUCAAGAACUUGGACAAGGAAAUCAAGUACCUCGCAGGAAAAUUGGAAGAGAUGGAGGCGGAAAGGCCAAAGAUUCAGGCCUCAAUGAAUCAACACAAUCUUUCAGUACUCGAGACGAACCUUCAGAGAUAUACGCUCGUCUUGGAACGGCACAUGCAGACCAAGUUUGCCAUUGAAGGUGUUCUUCUCGAUAAGCAGAUGCAAACCAAAUCAGUAACGUUCAUGAGAUAUGUUACUGUGUGGCUUCUAAGAACUGCAACGCAAUCAGAUUAUACCCCGGACAAGACUAUCGAUUUUAUACCAGACGUUCUGUUCUCGGCAAUUAGCGAUGAAACCAUUGCGCUUUGUAUUACCUUCCUCACCAACUCCAACUAUAUCAAGAAUCCCUAUUUGAAGGCCAAAUUGGUUACUCUCUUGUACCAUGGCACUUGGCCUGUAUACCAUCGUACAAAGGGAGUCCUAGGGGAUGCACUGAUAGGAUCUAAAUUCGCCAACGAUCAUUUGCUUCAUGCUUUGAUGAAGUUCUAUAUCGAGGUCGAAUCAACUGGAGUCCAUACACAGUUCUAUGACAAGUUCAACAUUCGAUAUGAGAUCUUCCAAGUCAUCAAGUGUAUUUGGUCGAACGAUAUCUACAAGCAAAGGUUGGCGCAGGAGAGCAAAACCAAUACGGAUUUUUUUCUACGCUUCGUCAAUCUCCUUUUGAACGACGCAACAUACGUCUUAGACGAGGCGCUCACCAAAUUCCCAAAGAUCCACGAACUUGAAGAAGAAUUAAAAACCACGAAAUUAACGCCAGAGGAGCGCGAGGCCAAAAGUGAAGAGCUCAAGACCGCCAGCUCACAAGCUACAUCAUACAUGCAACUGACAAAUGAAACAAUAUCCAUGAUGAAACUUUUUACAAAGAACCUCAGCGCUUCAUUCACUAUGCCGGAAAUCGUGGACCGAGUAGCAGCCAUGGUCAACUAUACCCUCGACACCAUCGUCGGCCCCAAAUCAGCGAAUCUGAAGGUCGAAAGCAUGGAAGAGAAAUACAAGUUCAACCCCCGCCAUCUCCUCAGUGAAUUCGUUGAGAUAUAUCUUAACCUCGGCGUCUCAGACCGUUUCAUCGAAGCCGUCGCCCGAGACGGCCGUUCCUACAAACCCGCAAACUUUGCCAAUGCUUCCCGGAUUAUGGAGCGCUAUCACUUGUGCCCGGCACUAGAGUUGGUCCGCUGGAACAAACUGAAGGCACGCUUCGCAAAGGCUAAAGAACUCGAGGAUCAAGAUGAAAGCGAUCUGGGCGAGUUGCCGGAAGAGUUUGAAGAUCCUCUCCUCGCUACCCUCAUGAUGGACCCUGUCACCUUGCCGAUGAGCAAGAUGGUUGUAGACCGCAGUACGAUCCGUAGCCAUUUGCUGAGCGACCCGCACGAUCCCUUCAAUCGCUCGCCUCUGAAGAUCGAGGACGUGAUUGAGAACCCGGAGUUGAAGGAAAAGAUUGGUAAGUGGAGAAGUGAGAUGAGGGAGAAGGCGAGGGCGGCAAGACAAGAGAAGAUGGAUACGACAGCUGGGUAG